AUGGCAGGAGGAAAGGACGGCGUGGUCCAGAGGGUGAUUCGUGAGGUGAGCGCCGGGACCGGGUUCCUAAUGCUCACCAAGACCAACUACUCCGACUGGGCGCUGCUCAUGAAGGUCAAGCUCAGAGCCCGGUUGCUCUGGACCGCCAUUGAGAAAGGGGGCGUCGAACCCCAUGAAGACAUGCAGGCGCUCGACGCGCUCUGCAGCGCCGUGCCGGCGGAAAUGUGGCCGGUGAUCGCGGACAAGGAGACGGCCAAGGAGGCCUGGGAGGCUAUCGCCACCCUGAGGAUCGGCAAUGACCGCGUAAAGAAGACGUCGGCUCAGAACUUGCGGCGGCAGUUCGACUCGGCGACGUUCAAAGAGAGAAAGUUUUCCUUGUUCCUCCUGCUGUGUUUUUCCUGUGACUCGGUGGUGAUCUCGCCGGCGACGUCUUAACUGCCGUCGUCUCUCCGGCGAGUUUCUGACAAGUGUUAUCAGACUUGUUGUCCACGCAGACAAAACGUGGUGGAGUCGCAGCAAAACGUGGUGGAGUGGAGGUUGGUGGCGGCGCCGUCGAUAUGGCCGUCGUUGACUUCACGAGAAGGAGCGAGGCCUCCUCCUCAUCCUGGACGACGUGGGCCUGCUCUUUCUUGGGCUUGGAGCGGCACUCGCGGGCCCAGUGGCCCAGCUUCCCGCAUCUCCUGCACUCAUCACCGCUGGGCCGGCCUGAGUUGCCCGUCAGGCCGCCUGAUGACGAGCCCUUGUCGCUGCCACGGCCGCGCCCGCGCCCGCGCCCAUGUCCGCCACGGUGCGUCACGCUGCUGCUACCUCCACCACCAGUUUUCUCAGCAUCACGCUUCCUCCGCCGUGCGUCCCACUCUUCCUCGGUCAGGUACAGCUUGCCGUCGUGGUGCAUAGCCGACGGCGGUUUCUCGAAGGCAUCCUCCGCCGCCUUGAGCCGACCCGUCAAAUCCGCGACGGUGAGCGUCGACACGUCGAGCAGCAUCGUGAUCGCGACCACGAUCUGCCUGAAACGCUGGGGAACACUGCGGAUUAUCUUCUCCACUACCUGCGUCUCUUCGACCUUGUCGCCGAGGAGGGAGAGUCUGUUGAGGACUACGCGCUGCGUCUCAACAGCAUGGCGUCGACUCUCACCACCCUCGGCGACAAGGUCGAAGAGACGCAGGUAGUGGAGAAGAUAAUCCGCAGUGUUCCCCAGCGUUUCAGACAGAUCAUGGUCGCGAUCACGAUGCUGCUCGACGUGUCGACGCUCACCGUCGCGGAUUUGACGGGUCGACUCAAGGCGGCGGAGGAUGCCUUCGAGAAACCGCCGUCGGCUAUGCACCACGACGGCAAGCUGUACCUGACCGAGGAAGAGUGGGACGCACGGCGGAGGAAGCGUGAUGCUGAGAAAACUGGUGGUGGAGGUAGCAGCAGCGUGACGCACCGUGGCGGACAUGGGCCGGGGCGCGGGCGCGGCCGUGGCAGCGACAAGGGCUCGUCAUCAGGCGGCCUGACGGGCAACUCAGGCCGGCCCAGCGGUGAUGAGUGCAGGAGAUGCGGGAAGCUGGGCCACUGGGCCCGCGAGUGCCGCUCUAAGCCCAAGAAAGAGCAGGCCCACGUCGUCCAGGAUGAGGAGGAGGCCUCGCUCCUUCUCGUGAAGUCAACGACGGCCAUAUCGACGGCGCCGCCACCAACCUCCACUCCACCCCGUUUUGCUGCGACUCCGCAGGCAGAGGAUCGGCUCCGGCGUGCAAGCCCACCGCCGCCGGGAGCAAAAUGGGUCCCCGUCAAUGGAGGGGCCGCCAAAGAAGAGAAGAAGCCAGGCGCCCAGACCCAGAUCCAUCUGCGGGAAGAGAAGGUGUUCGCCCACCUUGAAGAGGAGGAGCUGCGUGAUGAGGAGGCGUGGGUCGUGGACACGGGCGCCACGAACCACAUGUCGGGUUCCCGUACGGCUUUCACCGAGCUGGACACGGCGGUGCUUGGGACGGUGCGGUUCGGCGACGACUCGGUGGCGCGGAUCGAAGGCCGGGGGGCAAUCGUGUUCCUGUGCAAGAACGGCGAGCACCGGUCCUUCGCGGGGGUGUAUUACAUUCCCCGACUGACGACGAACAUCGUCAGCGUCGGCCAACUCGAUGAGGCCGGGUACCAUAUCGACAUCGAGAAGGGGGCGAUGAAGGUCCAUGAGCCAGGCGGACGGCUCCUGGCGAAGGUGAUGCGCGGAGAGAACCGGCUGUACAUUCUCCACGCCAAACUGGUUCGGCCGGUGUGCCUAGUGGCGCGGGGAGUCGAAGAAAGUUGGAAAUGGCACGCGCCCCUCGGCCAUGUCAACAUGACCGCACUGCGGAAGAUGGCUCGGGAGGAGCUGGUGCGCGGGUUGCCGGCAGUUGGUCAGGUGGACCAGCUGUGUGAGGCGUGUCUCGCUGGCAAGCAGAAGCGGUCGCCGUUCCCCGAGCAGGGAGAGUACCGGGUGUUCUGGAGCUGGUGCACAGCGACCUCUGUGGUCCGAUUGCGCCGGAAACGCCAAACGGCAGCAAGUACUUCCUGCUGCUCGUGGAUGAUCGAAGCCGGUACAUGUGGGUGGCCAUGCUGCCUUCAAAGGACCGUGCUGCGGUGGCCAUCAAGGAGAAAGAAGUCUAUUUUGUUCUUGUCUUGUAUUAUUGUAAGACAUUUAUUUUCCUUUUAA